AUGUUAAUAUAUUCUGGGAAGUUUAAUAUUAAAAAAUAUAACACAACAAUCGUAUGUUUUCUUUUCUUUCAGAGUACUUCACCUUCUUUAAGUUUGUCCAGCAGUUACACCCCAAGGCUUUGUCCUCUGUCAUUUGGAGAAGGUGUGGAAUUUGAUCCACUGCCACCCAAGGAGAUAAGGUAUACAUCUUCUGUGAAAUAUGACUCUGAUAAGCACUUUAUUGACAACAUCUACAUGCCUGUGGGCCUGGGUGUCUCCUCAUGCAGUCAAACAGUAAUCUGCGUUCCCAACUGUACAUGGCGCAGCUACAGAGCCGAAGUUCACUUUCAGCCAAAGAACAAACCACAGAGAUUCAUGAGCACCACCAUAGUUUAUCCAAAGCACACAAAAACAGUCUACACUACCACCCUGGAUUACAACUGCAAGAAAUGUAUGAGGCGUUUUCUGUCUAGUGUAGAGCUGGAGUCCGCUGAACAUGUGGGGAACGAGUGCUUUGCGGAUGAAUACUGA